AUGAUCUGCGCAGGCACUGGCCUCGCCCCCGUCUGCGCCUUUGCUCAACAGUAUGUGGAACACAUCUCCGCUGACCGCACCGUUGCUCCAACGCUGUUAUUCAUCGGCUGUCGCCACUUGGAAAAAGACGCUAUUUCCCUGGACCAGUUCAAUGAAUGGAAAGAGAAACGUGCGGUGCAGGUCAAAAGGGCAGCUACUAGAUCGCCGGAGGAGAGCGAGGGCUGCAAGUAUGUGCAGCACUUGCUGUGGGAGGAGCGAGAGAGUGUCAGGGGGCUGUGGAGUAAAGGGGCGGGAACAUAUGUUUGUGGAAAUGGAAGGAUGGCGGAAGAAGUGGAUUGGGUGUUGGUGAAAAUUUGGGUGGAGAAGACGAGGAAGAGCGAGGAGGACGCGAGGGAAUGA